AAAAAUUCUGCUGAAAUUGUGUAAUUAUCAUUUUUAAAUCACUAAUCCCCGACAAAAACAAAAAUCACUAAUCAACACUUUAUAAUUUUUUCCUAUUUUAACAGUUACAAUACUAAAUGCGUCAAUCAGCCAUUUAAGAGAGUUUGCCUUUUCCGUCUCUUCUUCUUCUUCUUCUUCUUCUUUGAUCAUCUAUUUAAGGAUCUAGAGAAACCACUUCGAAACGAUGAGAGAGAUAGGUCUCUCCUCAAAAUUACCAAACACAAUUAGCUCCAAUAACUGAAACAAAUCACUCUCACCCAAACAAAACUUUUCAAGAGUCCUCCUUUUUUCUAAAACCCUAUUCCGAGAAAUCAAUCAACAACAACUCGAAGGAGAUGGAUCUAGAAGAGUGGGAAUUACUCCCUAGAAACAUCUACAAGGGUCUCGAUCUUGAUCUCGGUCAUGAAGACGAUCAUGAAGCUACGAAGAUGAUGAGAAGCACCGGAAAAAGCUUCGACAGUGAUUACUUCAUCUGCCCAAUUCAAGAUUCUGUCGGGAAAACAGAGCUUCUUCAUCAUAGAUCUAGCGUGGUCCCCACACAACUCCUCCAAAUUCCCAUAACUUGGGAACCUUUAUCCCCCGUGGACGACAACAAAGAUCACAAGAAGUACCCGGAUCCGGAUUUCUCGGAACCAGACCCGGAACUGUUGACGGAGUCUCUUCCGUCGCCGAGAAUAACCUUCAAGAAAACGAAGGAAACCGAAUUUGCCGACAUGAAAAUAGAUUCACCAGCAGCGAGGUUCACUAGUCCCCUGCCUCGGAACGAUGAGAAACACUCUGACUCAGAAGGAGGGUUAGGAGGCGAGUCCUAUGAUGAGAUCAUGGGAUCAGAGGUUGAAGAAGGUAGUGACUUGAGGAGCAAGAAAGAGGUUGAGUGGGAUGAAGGUGAAAAAGUGAAUCUGUGGAAAAAAGGUCUUAAUGGAAUUGGAGCUAUAUGUUCAUUUGGUGUUGCAGCUGCUGCAGCCACCAUAUGUGUCUUCUUCCUUGGACACAACAGUAGCAUCCAAGGUGGUCGGAACAAGAACCAAAUCUUAAGGUUUCAGAUUUACUCUGAUGAUAAUAAGCGAAUGAACGAAGUAGUGAAACAUGCAACAAAGAUAAAUGAAGCAAUCUCUGUGAUGAAAGGUCUUCCAGUGGCAAGAGCUCAGAUCUCUUUUGGAGGAUACUACGAUGCACUUUGAAUCAUACCCAUAACUAAAUCAGUACAUCAGAUCCAAUGUCUUCUGCUUAAUCACCAAUGGGUUUUAUAGCUUAUGUAUUUACGAAUUUAGAAUAUUCAAUAAAAUAAGGUUUGUAAAUUUUGUAUUCUUUUGUCCGAAUGCAUACAACAUCAAGUUAUAGUGAACCAUGAUAUA